UGAGCUUGUUUUUAGCUCUAUUUCUAUCUCACUGAACAGAGUCCCUGGAUGUGAACUGGUUCAGCUGAUAAGGCUGAUUAUAAAACAGAGGGAGGAGCUGCAGACAUGUGAAGGUGUUAAAGUCCCAUUAAGAAGUCGGACUGCCAGACGCCAUUUUACAGCUCGACGGAGCAGAAGGAGAACAACGGGCUCUAUCUCUAUCUCACUGAACAGAGUCCCUGGAUGUGAACUGGUUCAGCUGAUAAGGCUGAUUAUAAAACAGAGGGAGGAGCUGCAGACAUGUGAAUGUGUUAAAGUCCCAUUAAGAAGUCGGACUGCCAGACGCCAUUUUACAGCUCGCCGGAGCAGAAGGAGAACAACGGGAGUCCCUGGAUGUGAACUGGUUCAGCUGAUAAGGCUGGUUAUAACACAGAGGGAGGAGCUGCAGACAUGUGAAGGUGUUAAAGUCCCAUUAAGAAGUCGGACUGCCAGACGCCAUUUUACAGCUCGCCGGAGCAGAAGGAGAACAACGGGACUGGAGAAGAUGAGUGAUUUAAAAGAUGAGGAAGAGGACACACCUUCAGUCUCCAGCUGUCUGUCUCUGAAGAGUGAUCGGUCUAUAGACUGGUUUCCAGACUUCAGAAAUGACCCUGGACCCUCAGACACAGAACUGGAGAAGAUGAGUGAUUUAAAAGAUGAGGAAGAGGACACACCUUCAGUCUCCGGCUGUCUGUCUCUGAAGAGUGACCGGUCUAGAGGGCAACCUCUAAGCUUCAGAAAUGACCCUGGACCCUCAGACACAAAAGGGAAGAGCAGGAGUCCUGCCAGUCAGACCAGAACUGCACGAGCAGAGAGUGGUCUGCAGGAGGUUCUAGAUGAACAUAGGCUCAGUCUGAGGAGGAGAUGUGAACGUGUGACUGAAGGAACUGAUCAAAGUGAAACCCUUCUCAACAGCAUCUUCACUGAGCUCUACAUCACACAAGGCCAGAGUGAAGAGGUUAAUACCCAGCAUGAGGUGAGGCAGCUGGAGACAGCUUCCAAGAAGGAGACCCUCCAUGACACUCCCAUCAAGUACAGGGACAUCUUUAAAGCCUCACCUGACCAACAGACUCCCAUCAGAGCGGUCCUGACCAACGGAGUCGCUGGAGUUGGAAAAACCUUCUCAGUGCAGAAGUUCACUCUGGACUGGGCCGAGCGUUUGGGAAACCAAGAUGUCCGUCUGGUGAUCCCGCUCUCCUUCAGGGAGCUGAACCUGAUCAAAGGUGAGCAGUACAGUCUUCUCAGGCUGCUCCAUGUUUUCCAUCCAACCUUACAGAAGGUCACAGCAGAGCAGCUGGCUGUCUGCAAAGUGCUGCUCAUCUUUGACGGCCUGGAUGAAAGCAGACUUUCUCUGGACUUCAGAAACAAUAAGGUUGUGUCUGAUGUCUCUCAGCAGUCCUCAGUCAACGUGCUGCUGACAAACCUCAUCAGGGGGAAGCUGCUUCCCUCGGCUCUCGUCUGGAUAACUUCCAGACCUGCAGCGGCCAAUCAGAUCCCUCCUGAGUGUGUGGACAGGGUAACAGAAGUACGAGGCUUCACUGACGCCCAGAAGGAGGAGUACUUCAGGAGGAGAUUGAGUGAUGAAGACCUGUCCAGCAGAAUCAUCUCUCACAUCAAGAGCUCCAGGAGCCUCCACAUCAUGUGUAUGAUCCCAGUCUUCUGCUGGAUCACUGCUGCAGUUCUGGACCACAUGUUGACUACAGACCAGAGAGGAGAGCUGCCCCAGACCCUCACUGACAUGUACUCACACUUCCUGCUGGUCCAGACCAAGAGGAAGAAGCAGAAGUAUGAAGCGGGACAUGAGACGAGUCCACAGCAGCUGACGGAGGCUGACAGGGAGCUUCUUCUGAAGCUGGGGAGGCUGGCGUUUGAACAUCUGGAGAAAGGAGACAUCAUGUUCUACCAAGAAGACCUGCAGCGCUGUGGCCUUGGUGUCACCGAGGCCUUGGUGCACUCAGGAGUUUGUACAGAGAUCUUCAAAAGAGAGAGUGUGAUCUUCCAGAAAACAAUCUACUGCUUUGUUCAUCUGAGCAUUCAGGAGUUCCUGGCUGCAGUCUACUUGUUGCACUGUUACACCAACAGAGACACAGCGGUACUGAAGGACUUCCUGCAGAGUGAUCAGGAUUACUCAUCCCUGGAUGUCUUCCUGCAGAGAGCCAUGGAGAAAUCCCUCAGAAGUGAAAAUGGCCACCUGGACCUGUUUGUCCGCUUUCUCCACGGCCUCUCUCUGGAGUCCAACCAGAGACUGUUAGGAGGCCUGCUGGGUCGCACAGACAACAUACGAGAAACCAUCCAGAGACUGUUAGGAGGCCAGCUGGGUCGCACAGACAGCCGUCCAGAGAUCAUCCAGAGAGCCAUCAGCAACCUGAAGGAGAUGAGCAGUGAUGAAAUCUCUCCUGACAGGAGCAUCAACAUCUUCCACUGUCUGACAGAGAUGAAGGACCACUCAGUACAUCAGGAGAUCACAGAGUUCCUGAAGACAGAGAACAGAUCAAAGAAGGAACUCUCUGUGAUCCACUGCUCUGUUCUGGCCUACAUGCUGCAGAUGUCAGAGGAGGUUCUGGAUGAGUUGGACCUGAAGAAGUACAGAGCAUCAGAGGAGGGACGACGGAGACUGAUUCCAGCUGUGAGGAACUGCAGGAAGGCCAAACUCACUAACUGUGGACUCUCAGAGACUGAAUGUGAAGUCCUGGCCUCAGCUCUGAAGUCUGACCCCUCCCAUCUGAGAGAUCUGGACCUGAGUAACAACGCUCUGAAGGACUCAGGAGUGGAGCGUCUGAGUUCUGGACUAAAGAGUCCAAACUGCAGACUGGAGACCCUCAGUCUGAGUGGCUGCAGGUUGUCAGAGAUCAGCUGUUCUGCUCUGGCCUCAGCUCUGAAGUCCAACCUCCAUCUGAGAGUUCUGAACCUGAGUUUCAACGCUCUGAAGGAUUCAGGAGUGGAGCUGCUGAGAGAUCUUCUGGAGAGUCCAGACUGCAGACUGGAGACCCUCAGUCUGAGGAGCUGCAGCUUGUCAGAGAUCAGCUGUUCUGCUCUGGCCUCAGCUCUGAAGUCCAACAUCCAUCUGAGAGUUCUGAACCUGAGUUGGAACGCUCUGAAGGAUUCAGGAGUGGAGCUGCUGAGAGAUCUUCUGGAGAGUCCAGACUGCAGACUGGAGACCCUCAGACUGAGGAGCUGCAGUUUGUCAGAGAUCAGCUGUUCUGCUCUGGCCUCAGCUCUGAAGUCCAACAUCCAUCUGAGAGAUCUGGACCUGAGUGUCAACGUUCUUCAGGAUUCAGGAGUGGAGCUGCUGAGAGAUCUUCUGGAGAGUCCAGACUGCAGACUGGAGACCCUCAGGAUCGGAUAUAAUGAGACGAUCAGAGCCAAGAUCCAGAAGACCUGUGACAGGAAGUGAAGACAUACAGAAAGGUCCCUGAGGGCUACCUGUUGACCCGUGUCCAUCUCAAAAUGGUCCCCAGGCGUCCCAUAAUCCUGCGUUUGGGGGGGAGACGUUCUCCCUGUAAUCAAAGCACUGGUUCUCUUGGAGACGCUCUCAAAGUCUUUGAGGACAAAGUCAGAAAAAGCCAAGAAGAAGACAUUAUUUGAGCUCUUCUUUGUGUUCAUCACCCCGGGUUCAUUUAAAGGUCUCCUAUCAGGCAAAAGUCACUUUGUGAUGUCUUUUAUACAUAAACAUGUGUCCCCGGUGUCAGGAGACUCACGCAGCGUCAGAAAAUAAAACCCUUCUCUUUUCCUCCGUACCCAAAUCUCUAAAAACGGGGCUACAACGGAGCUGAUCCAGAUGUGCGUCCGAUAUGACGUAAUAUCAGAAAUAUGGGCGGGCUUUACGCCCACGGCCCUAUCAGAAACGUUGCUAUCAGAAAAAAUUCGGAACGUGUUUUGGACGUAAUAUGGUCAGUGUUUACAUUAGCAUCGCUAACACUCAGAGCUAACCUGUACUGGAGAGCAUGUGUGUGAAGAAGCAGGAAAUAAAAAGGAACUCACCUUGUGGUAUAACCGGCAAGAGAGAAAGCCUUUGAGCUCCAAACUGUUUCAGAGAGAAUCCUUGAUCCUUUUUAUAAAGCUAAGGACCCAGAAUAAGCGUUUCUCUAACAGCUGGAACAGAGGGAUAUGAGGGAUUCUAAAAUGUAUGAUCUGUUUGGUAUUUUGAGCAAAAACCUUCAUAGACAUUAGGGCUGGGAAUCACAGGCUCCCCACGAUACGAUACUAUCGCGAUACUUAAGCCACAAUACGAUAGUAUUGCGAUACGAUAUAUUGAAAAUCACAUGGCUCAUAUCCAUGUCCGUCUUCCCUUCCUGGUUAAAACAUGUAUUUGCAAUAUGAAUAAUUUAUGUAAAUAACCCAAUAUGUGUUCUUUGAACCUGAAAAGGAGAUGGCAUUGUUUUUGUUGCUUUCAUUGCAAUUGUAUUCAUGUCUUAACGUAACUUCCUGUUUUAUAUACGACCAUCUUUCGAAGGGAUAUGCUACAGUUUAUAUAAUAAAAUAUCGAUUCUUGGCAUCCGUGUAUCGAUACAAUAUCGCCACGCCAAGUAUCGCGAUACUAUGCUGUAUCGAUUAUUUCCCCCACCCCUAAUAGACAUGUUUUGUAUAUAUCUGAGACCCAUAAUAUUUGCCUAAAAAUAGCAUAAUAGGAGACUUUUAAUAUCCAUUCAAAUGUUCCCGUUGAUUUGUAACUCUUCUAAAGGAGCUCUGCCUGGUGUCAUUGAAAGUGUGCUAAAGCUUUGUGUGCAUGUAGUCUUUAUGACAUGUGAUCAGAUAUUGUUGAAACCUAUAAGAUGUGUUCUCUUCAGAACUGCUACAGGAUGUGGAGUUUGUAAAUUGUGGCAUUUAAAAAGAAAAAAGUAUCUUUAAUAUUUGUUGUUAUGCUUCUUAAUUAACGUUAAGCUGUCUUUGGCUCUUUCUGCUGGAACAAAUGUACAUGUACCCUCUGUGGGACUAAUAAAGGUUUUCUGACUCUG